AGAGACGGGCUGUGGGAAGAUAGCCAUCACAGAUUACCCCUUUAUCUGGGCUAAGAAGAGGCUCCACAGGUUGUCAGCCCAGAGGGCGCAGGAGAGUGUAGAGAGGAGGAGGUGACGUGAAGGGGAACAGGGGAGCGGAGUACUAGUUGGGAGGAACCCGGAGCUCCAUCUGAUGGGUGACGGAAACCGGAAGGGGGCGCCACUUGCACUUCGCACUGGGGAGAUCAGCCCUCCGAACUGUGAGUGGCGCGGCAGUUGGAGCACCUGGCUGUUGGGACUUCUAAAUUUAGGGAGCAACUCGCGAGAUGCCUACGGCUUAUAACAGGUUUCCUGGUAAAAUGAGUCUAUGACAACGCUUGCCAGGGCCGGCAAACUGCUGCUCCCAGGAGUUCGUCUACGUUUUGGUAACAAUUAAGGGACUGGCCAAUGGAGCGCCACUUCCGGUGUCUUUGUUGCUUGCGCGACUCAUUUUAGCAAGGUUGCCUUCUACCCCGGAAGUAAAUUAUUCUAGAUUCCUUCCUCAACAUGGCAGCGUCAGAAGAUGGGUUACAGCUGCCUAGUCUUCCCGAGCUGUUCGAAACCAGCAAACAGCUUCUGGAGGAAGUAGAAGUAGCGAAUGAACCCACCGGUUCCAGGAUAAUCCAGGAUAAAGUGUUCAAAGGACUGGACCUGCUGGAGAAGGCUGCUGAAAUGUUAUCGCAGCUCGAUUUGUUCAGCCAAAAUGAAGAUUUAGAAGAAAUUGCUUCCAUCGACCUGAAAUACCUGAUGGUGCCAGCGUUUCAAGGAGCCCUCACCAUGAAACAAGUCAACCCCGGCAAGCGUCUAGAUCAUUUGCAGCAGGCUCGGGAACAUUUUUUAAACUACUUAACUCAGUGCCGUUAUCAUCAUGUGGGAGAGUUUCAGCUGCCCAAAACGAAGAACAACUCAGCUGAAAAUAACACUGCUAGUCCCUCGGUGGCCUAUGCUAACCUCGUUGUGAUGGCAUCUCAAAGACAGGCUAAAAUAGAGAGAUACAGGCAGAAGAAAGAAGUGGAGCAUAGGUUGUCUGCACUGAAAUCUGCAGUGGAAAGUGGUCAAGCAGAUGAUGAGCAAGUUCGUGAAUAUUACCUCCUUCACCUUCGGAGGUGGAUUGGAAUCAGUUUAGAAGAGAUUGAAAGCAUUGACCAGGAAAUAAAGAUCCUAAGAGAAAGAGACUCUUCAAAAGAGGCAUCAUCUUCUCACUCAUCUCUUCAGGAGAGACCUCCAAUGAAGUCCUUCAUACUCACUCGCGACAAGGCCCAAGCCAAAGUAUUUGGAGCUGGUUAUCCAAGUCUGGCAACUAUGACAGUGAGUGACUGGUAUGAGCAGCGUCGGAAAUAUGGAGCAUUACCAGACCAGGGAAGAGCCAAGACAACAUCAGUUGAUUUUAAAAGAGUGGCUCAGCUACAGGAAGAUGAAGAAAAGGAAAAAGAGGAAGAUGAGAAGGUACUCCAGAGAGCACGGGAGUGGGAUGACUGGAAGGACACCCAUCCAAGGGGCUAUGGCAACCGAAAGAACAUGGGGUAACCUUCCAAAAUGACAGGACUCUGGGGCAUGAACCUUCCCUCCCGAGGAAACUGCCACCUUGCCCUCCCAGGCUCCUGCUUCAGCUGUGUGCAACAAAGGCAAAGAUGCUGAUUCUUCCUUUUCGAUUAAUAAAGUGUGAAACAAUUAAAUGUGUAUUUGUACCCUAGAUAAUAACCAGUGAUCUUGUCAUGGCAUUACUAAUUCUUAUCAUGGUGUAUUCUGGUUUCUUAAGUGGACAGAAAAGUACAUUGACAAAUGGCUCUGUAUAAUCAAUGGUGUAUGAAUUCUCUUUAAAAUGAAAUAAUAAAAUCACUUUUAUUCCAUGAAUCUGUUCAGAAAUGUAGAUACCAGCUGCUUUCUUGCAAGUGACAUGUUGUAGGAUGGGUCUCUGGGCUUAUGGUGAGAUCCCAGUCACCUGUCUUUGUCCUGGGCCGGGAAUUGCCCAGCAUCAGAGCUGCCCAAAUCUUUCUGGGCACAUGGUGUGAGCUGCAAGCAGUACAUCACUCUGAAAGCAUAAAAGCCAGGACUUUCCCAGCCACACAGCACUGUUUCCAGGAAUUAAGAGCUGCAGGUCAAUGGACCAUAAAGGACUAGAGGUUGUUUUUUAAUCCUACUGACCUAGCCCUCUUUGCCUUAGCCAGGAGAGAUGUGCUCCAGCGAAGGUGCUAUGAGAAACAUCUGUGUAAAGCAACCAGGGCCUUCCACUUCUAGGAACAUUGGUCUCACCAUCAGAGUGAAGAAGCAGUGUCAGGCUUCAGUCUGUCUCUUAAAAAUGGCUGCCUUAGACCCUGUUGGUCCUCCUUGCCUGUGUCAUGUGAUAUCUGACAGAACCGGUGUUCUGGUAAAUGCCAUGGUUUCCUGCCUGUUUCAGUGCCUACGUGUGGGUGUAGAGGAGGAGGAAAAGCACAGAUGAAAGCUAAUCAACUUUCUGGAAUAGAGAAAAACGCUGUCCUCAGCUCUUGGGUGAUAUCCUAUAAAAGGAGCCACGUGUUGAAAUAAAUUAUCUGCACAGGAAACAACCUUUUGUUCUGUGGCUUUGGUAUACUUAGGUUUUCUUUUAAGAGGAAGAUGACUCAUCUCUAACUUCUGCAGUCUAGCUGAGGAGAAGGGUUUGAAAAGACGAUUCCCUCUUGUUGGAGCCAGAAGGGGCUGCCAAGUGAUGUUCUGUUUCGUGGGCAACGACAGCAGGACUACUGGCAAUAUAUUUGUACACUGCUUAAUAAAGAAUUCUUCACUCUUGCACAUAAACACCCCCAACUGGUUGAGCACAGAUUAAAUUCUGUACAGAUUGGGAAGCAAACGAUGUUUUCAGCUCUCCUUCAAUUGUUGCCAAGCUGCCUCUAUCUGUGGCCUGUUUCCUGCCUUUGAAAUUCUACCUUGAGUUCAUUUCCCAAACCUGGUCAGGUUCAGGUCUCCUCUUGGUCUGGGUCCGUUUAAGAUUGGGCCUUUCAGAAACUCCAGCUCAAGCCCCCAUACCUGUUCUAAUAUCCAAAAGGCAAACCAGAAAAGGUGGAUUCGAAUCCUGGCCUUAAAAAGUUCAAGCUGUGUGACACUGGAAAAUAAACUCAGAACUGCUUGCUCAGUGUGCACAAAUGACCUGUCUCCUGGGACUGUGCAUCUCUUAAGCAACUAAAGAGUAAAUGCCUUCUGUUGGUAUCAACUCAAUGGCUGUCGUGUGUCCACUAAGAAGGGACAGGAAAUGGACAAAUGUUGAGCUUCUAGUAUGCACCAGGCACCAUCCCAACUGUUAACACGGUGACUGCAGAAACGUAGCAUUGUCCCUAUUUUUCAGAAGAGAAAAUGACCAAAGAAGCUGAGUGGAUUCCUCACGUUCACACUAGUAAAACACCAUGCCUCUGUCAUUUGCCAUGUGCUUCUCAAUUGUUUAUGCUUUUAGUUAGCUGCUUCUGAGUGGAAGCAACUAAAAGUCCAAACCACCCACCACUUUAUAUACCAGUGGAGCUCUGCCACGACCACGCCAGUAGAGUCUGCGUGACAAUGCCAGUCACCUGGCAGAAACCAGACCAGAGGUAU